CAACACUACUAUAUAAGAAAUAAUUUGAGGUUUGGAUGUAGAAAUGGAAGAUGACAAUGAUAGUGACAAGGAGAACAAGGAUCCAUCAACUGUUCCAGUCAUUCAGCUAACACCAUUGUCCAAGAAAAGACGUGGCAAGCGAAGAAGAGAUAGAGGGGUUGCAAGUCACAGUACUUUACCAUACACUUAUCCUUUGGAAUUCAAUGAGGGGUCUUACAUUUUCCUGAAGGGAGUCGAGAUUUGGCAUCCAGGUAAAGUGAUGCAAGUGACUAGUCCAUUCAAUAUCAUCUGCUACUCCUUCCUUGACACCAGUAUCACUAUCACCUCCAGAAGUAAACUAUCAUCCUUUUUAAACUAUGGUUGCAAAGUUGAUUUCGAUUUAUUAGAGUCUGAUGAAGCAUAUCAGAAAGGGAUCAUCGAAUGCAUUGCCAGUUUUGCUGAAGUCCAUCGUCCAGAUUUGCUCAAGUUGCCUGACAGAGAUCUGAUGCUGCUUGACUGGGCAAGACUCGGUUUUGUUGGCUGCCAUCUUUUACAGAGCAAUAUACCCCAAAUUUUAGUCGACUAUAAAACGGAUCAGCAUCCACCAACGUUCUGCGAAGAUAGUGAAAGGCCUUCAUCCAGUAGUGACUGGAAUACAGAUGAUUGCACCCCACCCAAAGUACGGAAACUGUCCUUACAGACCCAAGACAGCGGUUAUUCUUCACCGAUUACUCCCACGGUUUUGAAAUCACCCUUGUCUUCACGCUCGAUUAAUGAUCUGCAGACACGUGAUUGUUGCAGACUUGCUGAGGAGUCAGAAGUUGGGUCUUUUGUUCUGGGAAAGCUUGUUCGAUAUGGAUGGUGGCCUGGACUUAUUGCAGACCCAAAUAAGAGUCCUCGAGAGUGCCUACCCAACGAACGACUAGUUUACUGGUUUGGAGAUUGCACUAAAUCUGUCAUAGAUAUCAAAGACCUUGUAUCGAUAACAAAGUUUGCUGAAGUUUACCAGCCUUCUAAAAAAGGGAUAUACAGGGUUGCGUUAUACGAUUUCUUGUCCGACGCAGCAGAAAGUUGCAACUACACCGAGGUCAAUGCUCCGGACUCUGUGAACAUAGACGAAACUGCUCUGAGUCGACUCAUAAAGUGGGCCCUAGACGGAUUUACUCCUGGGGGCCCUCCAAGCGAUUGGGCUCCUUCCGAUCAUUAUAACACGAGAGGCAGAUCUGGUUUUAUUAAACGACUAGAUGUAGCAAGUAAGCCUUUCAGGGGUGCAGUCUGUGUUGCCAGUCAAGUGUGUGUUGCUUGUCAAGAGAGGGAGGCGGCACACCCUCACCCUCUGUUCGAGGAAUAUAAACUUUGUGACACUUGUUUGGAGGAUUUCUCGCAGUGUGCCUUUCUUUUCGGUGACGAUGGUGCAGGGUCCUACUGCUCUGUAUGUAACGAAGGAGGAAGUUUGUUUAUAUGUGACGAGUCCCAGUGUGGUCGCCCCUACUGUCACGCCUGUAUAACCCGGGUAUGUGGGCCCCACUCUCUGGAAAUGGUGGAGAAAUCUGAUCCGUGGUUAUGUGUGCUGUGUAACCCCGCUGGGAAGGAGGGGAACCUGGUGAAACGACCGGAUUGGCAGGAGAGAUUACAAGGAUUGUUGACCCGGCGAGUAGCAGGAGAGGAAGAGUACGCUACUCCGGACCCUCCCCCCAUACUCCCCAUCUCACAGCGACCACGGUUACGUGUACUCAGCUUGUUUGAUGGUAUUUCUACUGGACUUGUCUGCCUGAAAAACAUUGGAUUUCAGAUAGAGUCGUAUAUGAGCAGUGAGAUAGACGACGACGCUCUAAAGGUAUCACGGCUCCACCACCCUGAAGUGGUUCAGAUCGGAGACAUCACCUCCCUCACCCCUCAACGGAUAUCGGAGCUAGGACCAUUUGAUCUGGUGAUGGGCGGGAGUCCCUGUAACGACCUCUCUAAUGUCAACCCAGCUAGAAAGGGAAUCUACCAGGGAACCGGCAAACUCUUCUUCGAGUUCUACAGAAUCCUCAGCUACGUGAAGGAGACAGCAGGAGAGAGACCUUUGUUCUGGAUGUUUGAGAAUGUGGUGUCCAUGUCACGACAAGAUAAGAGUUGUAUUUCCCGGUUUCUACAGUGUACACCCGCUGUUAUCAACGCUAAACAUCUCUCCUGUAUGAGCAGAGCCAGGUAUUUCUGGGGUAAUCUUCCUGGAAUGUCUCGUCCUAUCUACCCUCUGGAGGCGGACAAACUUACUUUACAAGAUUGCCUCGAGAUGAACUGCGGCAGAAUAGCUAGGUUCGAGAAGAUAAACUGUAUAACAACAAAGUUAACGUCGAUGAAGCAGAAGAGAGGGAGAACACUGCCGGUAAUGAUAAGUAGUGACAGUCAGGGACCGGGAGACUGGCUCUGGUGCACUGAGAUGGAGCGAGUGUUUGGUCUGGAGUCUCACUACACGGACGUGGCGAACAUGUCGCGUAUCGCGCGACAGCGACUACUCGGCAAAGCCUGGAGUGUUCCCGUCCUGCGACACUUGCUCAGUCCUCUGCGAGACUACUUCAAGUGUGAGCACUGAUUUGGGAGUUUUUGGGAGUGGGUAUCUGUGUGUUGUGUUUUGAACACUUUUUACUGUUAUCAAGUUUAACUUUUAUACUUCUUUUAACUUUUAACUUUCAUCAAUUUUAUCAAUUUAACCUUACUCCUAAGUUAUUAUAUACAUGUAUUUUAUAAUCUUAUUGUAAAAUGUCUGGGGGCUCCCAUUGAUGGUCAUUGUCCCAUUGGUGGAACAUUGCAAUACGAGUAUUGCUCAGUCUUCGUGUGAUGAUUGCAUUAUUUUAGGUGAUUAUUAUAACCAAGUUCUGUGUUGAAUCUAUCUUAUCCGUUAAAUUUAUAGGAAUGUUUGGUGUGUUAUAUUAUAAUGUGCGUGUGUCUCAUCGAGUACUUUCCAUGUUUUAUCAUUAUUAUGUAUGUGUAAGAUUGCGACUAUUAAACAACUCAUUGUUUGCGUGGCUUUUAAUAUUGUUUACAAUAUGUUGGGGAGUUUACUGGUGAUAUCUGUAAGGAGAGGUUAUCUUUAUCCUAGAGUUUAUUGUUGUGGAAUUACAUUUGAUGGUAUCAAUUAAUCAGUCAUUUGGAUAAUGUUCCAAGACAACGCUAUUCCACAAUUAUGGGUAGUCAGGCUCACUAUGUAUUAAAUUAAGAGGGCCACGUUUGAAACCUGAAACGAUCUUUAACAAUCUUGAAAUGUCUGCUGCCUAUAUCCCCAUUAAAUGCUCUGGAUCUGGUCCUAACAAAAUGUGGCAGAAUGAAUUCGUAAUAUAAUACAGUCACACGUCGUUAAAAAUAAACAUGACUAGAGCUGCUAAGAUAAAUUCAUUCUGUGAAGGUGGACCAAAUACCAAUGUUGACUACCGGAAUGCUCUUUAAGAUGUUCUGUAUUGAUUGAUUGUUAAAUAUAAGACCAUUUCAUUUUAUUUGAUAGAAGCAGUAUCACGGUAGAAUUAUUAGAAAUUAGGAUUUAUGCAUGCUAUUGUUACAUCAUCAUGGUAUUUUAUUUAGUACAACAUUUAAUUACGUUUAAACAAAUUUAAUCGUUUUCUUGUCUUAAGAAAGAAAGGAUUAUUA